AGUUUGCAGCUACUGAAAGCAGGGAGGAACAUAUAAGUUAUUUAUUACAAAGAAAAAGAGCCAAAGUAAAAGGCUUGGAGAAAUGAAGUUAAAAGGAAUAGAAGUAGCUCCUGAAUAGAAGUGAAAGACCAAAGUAGUUUCACUAAAAUGGCUUCACAGCUGCCUUUCCCUGCAGACGACUUCGGUAUCUACUAUGUCCUCUCAGAGUGUACAGAUCACUAUGACCCCUUUCCAGUGAACGAGGCUGAUGAGAACCAGCCACAUUUCCAGGGUGUGACUGGCCUACGGAACUUGGGCAAUACCUGCUACAUGAAUGCCAUCUUACAGUGUCUCUGCAGCAUCUCGCCGCUAGUGGAAUAUUUUCUCUCCGGAAAGUACAUUACUGCCCUUCAAAAGGAUUGCAGUGAGGUUGCCACGGCUUUCGCCUAUGUGAUGACAGACAUGUGGCUUGGAGACUCUGAAUGUGUCUCACCAGAAAUAUUUUGGUCAGCUCUUGGCAAUCUCUACCCAGCGUUAAUGAAAAAGACGCAGCAAGAUGCUCAGGAAUUCUUGAUUUAUGUCCUGAAUGAACUUCAUGAAGCUCUGAAAAAGUACCACCGAAGAAGAUCAUAUGAAAAUAGAUCUAUUCCAAGAUGCUGCAGGAAAAUGAUUGCCAGUGAGUCCUCUAUCAUCACCCGGCUGUUUGAAGGGCAGCUCAGUUACAGCAUUAUAUGUUUAAAGUGUGAAAACUGCACCUAUAAGAACGAGGUCUUCACUGUCCUGCCCCUUCCCAUUCCAUCGGAAUAUGAGUGCUCUCUUCAGGACUGUCUCCAGUGUUUUUUUCAACAAGACACACUGACUUGGAACAACCAGAUUCACUGUUCCUUUUGUGAAACCAAGCAAGAAACAGCUGUGAGGGCCAGUAUUUCUAAAGCCCCCAAAAUAAUUGUCUUUCACUUAAAGAGGUUUGACAUUCUGGGUACAAUGAAAAGGAAACUGAGGACAGAUAUUCAUUACCCACUCACUAACUUGGACCUUACUCCUUACAUUUGUCCAAUUUUUCGGAAACAUCCUAAAUAUAACCUCUGUGCAGUGGUGAACCAUUUUGGUGAUCUGGAUGGUGGCCACUACACUGCUUUCUGCAAGAACUCGGUGACCCAGGCCUGGUAUAGCUUUGAUGACACACGAGUCAGUGAGAUUCCGGACACUUCAGUUCAAACUGCUACAGCGUAUCUCCUGUUCUAUAGCUGCCAGCCCUUUUCUAUACCUAUACAAAAAUGCAAGAGUUAGGAAUAUGGUAAUUCCUGAAAAUUGCAAAACAAGUAGUCAGAAACUGGUACUUAAGUUCUGUACUAUCAUUAAAACUCUUGCAACUUACCUGCAUCACAUUUAAGUCUUUCUGGCAUA